AAAAAGCUACAGGGGCUUAAAAGAUGAAAUUCCUUCACCUGAUAAAGAGUUUUACCCUCCCCUGAAUUUUAGCGGCCAUCUAAUCAAGUUAUUCCGGCGAAAAUAAAGAAAUGCCGAGCAAGAAGAACAAGAGAAAAAGACCAACAAUUCAUCCAAACAAUAAAUACGCCGACAAUCCACCUGAUUUUGCUCUAUUAGCUUCUCUUUACCCUUCUUUUAAACCCUAUGUUUUUUAUUCUCGCGAUGGUAAGCCCAGAAUCGACUGGACCGAUUUCAACUCGACUCGGGAGCUCACUCGGGUCCUUCUCCUCCACGAUCAUAACCUAAAUUGGUGGAUUCCGGAUGGGCAGCUUUGCCCCACAGUUCCAAACAGAUCAAACUAUAUCCAUUGGAUUGAAGAUCUUCUUUCGUCGGAUAUCAUUCCGAAGAUUAACACGAAUGGGGAUACUGUGAAAGGUUUUGAUAUUGGCACGGGAGCUAACUGUAUUUAUCCGCUCCUCGGUGCAUCUCUUGUAGGAUGGAGCUUUGUUGGAUCAGAUGUGACUGAAGUAGCUCUAGAGUGGGCAGAGAGAAAUGUUAAAAACAAUCCACAUGUUUCGGAAUUAAUUGAGAUUAGAAAGGUUACAAACUGUCGAGAUGUCCUUUCUAUUGAAUGUUCUCGUAAUGUUGAACCUGAAAAUUUGGGAAGCGGAAUGGAUAUGCAUGAAAGUGUUGUUGAGGAGGUGGUGGAUGCAAAUACGAAUUAUCAUGGACGAAUACUUGUUGGUGUAGUUAGGGAAGGUGAGAAGUUUGAUUUCUGCAUGUGUAAUCCUCCAUUUUUUGAUUCCAUGGAGGAAGCAGGACUGAACCCAAAAACUUCUUGCGGUGGAACUCCUGAGGAGAUGGUUUGUCCUGGUGGGGAAAAGGCGUUCAUUGCUCGUAUUAUUGAAGAUAGUGUUCUACUGAAGGAGUCCUUUAGAUGGUUCACUUCGAUGGUUGGGAGGAAAAUAAACUUGAAGUUCCUCACCUCAAAGCUUAGGGAGGUUGGAGUCACUGUUGUAAAGACAACAGAAUUUGUACAAGGACAAACAUGUCGAUGGGGGCUUGCUUGGUCUUUUGUGCCACCUGCCAGGAAGAUAAUAUCACCUCAAGUCGUCGAGAAGCGUAUCGUCUCUUUUAUGCUUGAGGGACUUCAACGCCAAUUUAGUGCCUUAGAUGUAUUACAAUCAGUUGAGUCGUAUUUCCAUAGUAGUGGCGCAUCUUGUAAAUUGAAUUCCACGACGUUUUCUGUUGAUAUCACUGCAUCUAUGGAUCAAUGUGAUGCAAUCCUAAAGAAUGAAGGGAAACGCCAUUGUGAUGAAACUGCUGACUGGAAUUCUGUGGAUGAGACAUUGAAUCCUUCAAUUUUGCAGCACCCUUCUUUACACAAGUUGUGUUUUCGUAUUUCGGUUUUUCAGCAAAUCCCUGGCACCCUUUUGGUGAAAGGAUCAUUGCAAGAUAAAGAUAGUACAGUUUCAGGAGUAUUCUCACCAAUUAUCCAACGGUUGGAAGAAAUGCUGAGAUGUAAAUUCUGUAGAGCAAAGCCAGCCGUUAGUUAAAGGCAGUCGUCGGAUAUAUACGCCAGAGUCUUUGAAGUAGCAGAAGCUGUAAUGUGUAGAUUAUUACAUUUUUGUUAUCAUUGUCAUUUUCUAUAUUCUAUUUUAAAAAAUAUUUUAUAAUUUUUUAGCAUA